GACAAGUAAAAAUUAAUAAUCAAAAUGAUAAACAUUUAAAAACGUUGUGUUGUAAUCAGCUAGAUUGUUCAUUCCCUUUAUUUUAUUUACAUUAAAUAAAAUAACUGUUAAUUACAAAUAAAUUUUAUUUAUUUAAUAAAUAUUAUUUAUAUAGUUAUCAAUAUCAGCAAGAUGAUCAUCAAACACUAGUUUACAGAAACGUUGAUUGUGAGGUUAAUUUCGUUAGUGUUGUAAUCGUCAGCUGUUUUUCUCAACACGAGUAAAUUAACAAUAACAAUAACAGAAUUUUGUUUUUUAAAUUUUAAUUGUCAAGAGUAUUCGUCAAAAAUUUUCGGCAUAUCAAUAAACGCGACAGAAAAUAACGUUUAUUAAAUUGAGUAAACAAAUAAAAAUGUCAGAUUCAAAUAGUUCAAUUGACGGUGAGUCGUCAAAGUCUCCAAAGUUCAAUGAAAGUAAUUCAGAAUCUCAAGAAUUAAUUUCUUCAGACAACGAUAAUCAUAAAUCGAAUGAUAAAACACCAGAUUUACCCUGUUAUCAAACUAAAAAAGUAUCAAAAAUAGAAAUAAAUGAUGAUAACAGUAAGAACGACGAUGACAUUGAAGAGUUUGAUACAGAUGAAGACGAGCCAAUUGAAAAAGACGAUAAAGCAAAUAAACAAUCAGAUUCAUCAGUAGAUAAUUCAUCAAAUUAUUCAAAGCAUUUGACGUAUGAAGGAGAUUUAUGCAUUUACACAGAACCAAAAACUGGAAGACAGUUAAUUUGGGACGCUAAGAAAAAUAGUUGGAUUCCCAGAGGUGAAGUAACCGAAAAUAAAGACGACAAUCCAAUGAAAGAUUAUGAAUUUGAUGGUAACAAUUAUAUAUACACUGAUAAAGUAACAAAUGUAACAUAUAAAUUUAACGAAAGUAAAAAUGAGUGGGUUGUAAAAGAUGAUAAAGAAGUAAAAGCUGAUGACAGUUCUGCUGGACCCGAUGCUAAUAAUCCCAGUGGUAGCAAUAACGACAGUGUCGUUUAUGGUUUUGAAAAUGAUACCCAUACUUACACUGAUACCACUGAUGGCACCGUUUAUUUCUGGGAUAGAGAAAAAAAUGCCUGGUUUCCUAAGGUGGAUGAUGAUUUCAUAGCAAUGUAUCAAUUGAAUUAUGGUUUUACGGAUCAAAGUACUACUCCAAAUUCAGCGCCUCAACCAGAAGUAAAAAAAACUGAUCCUAAAGCAGAAAAGGAACGAAACAAAGUUGAAGCAAAAAAGAAAGCAACGGAGCCACCGACGUGGUUCGAAAUUGAUCCAGUUCACAAUACAGCUGUUUACAUUUCCGGGUUGCCGUUAGAUAUUACGAUGGAGCAACUUGUCGAGCUAGUGGGAAAAUACGGUCUCAUUGCGCGGGAUGACAAAAAUAAAGACAAAAUAAAAUUGUACCGAGAUUCGGAAGGUAAUCCCAAGGGUGAUGCUCUCUGUACAUACAUAAAGGUGGAGUCUGUAGACCUUGCACUAAAAUUUCUCGACGGUACUCGACUCGGUAAUAAAACAGUAUCAGUCCAGCGGGCUAAAUUUCAAAUGAAAGGUUCAUACGACCCAUCGCUAAAACCAAAACGUAGAAAAAAGGACAAGGAUCGUCAAAAGAAAAUCCAAGAGAAGCUAUUUGAUUGGAGACCGGAACGUUUACCAGGCGAGCCACAAAAAUGCGAAAGAAUUGUGAUAUUAAAAAAUUUAUUUACACUGAGUGAUUUUGAACAAGAUGUAACACUUAGUCUUGAAUAUAAACAGGACAUACAAUCUGAAUGUGCCAAGUGCGGUGACGUAAGAAAGGUCACAAUCUAUGAUACAAAUCCUGAAGGAGUUGCCAAGAUAAUAUUCAGUGAACCAAAUGAAGCUGAAGCUUGUAUUAAAUUAUUGAAUGGACGUUGGUUUGGUAAAAGGAAAAUCACUGCUGAGUUAUGGGACGGAAAAACAAAAUACCAUGUUGCGGAAACAGAAGCAGAAGCUGAAGCACGGAUAAAUAAAUGGGACAAAUUCUUGGAGGAUGAGUAUGAAAAGCAAAAUCAAUCUAAAACUAAUCUUGCAGAAAUCAACUCCGAUCAACCAUCGAGCUAAGAUUUAUGUCAAACAGUAUAUAAGUACAGAUAAAAUAAUUAAUCUAUCAUCAAUAGUGCGAGCGAAAUUGUUAUCAUACUUUUUACAGGUACUUGUACCUAAAAUUAAAUCAGACUUACCAGUCAAUCAUUGGCAAUAAUUACAACGUUAAUUAAUGCAUUAUUUUACUAAUUAAUAAAUAAUAUUAAUAGUAAUAGCUACUAGUAUUUAAUUAAUUUUUUA